ACCAGCUACAUUGAAUUUAAAUGAAAAAAAAAAACAGUUAUGUAGAGCAACUUAGAGACUUUCCAGAAUGAGAUGGGAAUCUCUGUUUCUGUUUUUUGUCUUACUGGCUGGCUGGUGUUUAAAAACAGUCCAAGGCGCCUCAGAUGAACAUGAUGCUGGGAACCAAGAAAACACUGGCACCAACUUAAACAAAAUAACAAAAAGGGAAUUAAACACUCGUAAACUGAGAGAUGUAGCUGGCACGGGCCUGGAAACAAACUGGAAUGUACCAUAUAUGAAUAAGGGCAACUAUGAGGAUGCAGACUGGCAUCCAUCUACCUCCAUCCAGGAAACUCGCUCCCACUUGACUCCCGAUGCCCCAGUAAUGGGGAGUGACAACGAUGUGGACAAAUUGAGCCAAAACUGGAACCAAACGAAUAAUAAUUCCUCAACACGGUGUGGGGAGUUCAGUAGCCAGCUGACGCCAAGCGGCCACUGUCGAUUGACGGCGACACUGCCUCCUGCAGAAACAGGUCAAAAACCUUGUCCAGAUAUGUUCCGCUGCACGGACGACAUUUCAUUUUGGCUUCACGAGAACCAGAACAGGAAGGAGCAGUUGAAAGAGCUGAGAGAAACAAUGUCGGAGCUGCAGGAGGAGCUGAGGAACCACCGACAUCGAGUCAAGGUUCUGGAGAUGCAGGCUGAGGACAGCAGUACCCUAAAUUCUACGUUUGAACAACGACUGCGUUUCCUCAAGCUGCGUCACGCCGAGGUUGAUCCGCUGCUCCACGUGCACGCCGCCUUGUUGUACGAGCUGCAGGCCCAGGUCCGCAACCUGUCUGCCUCCGUGCAACACCUGAACCGCAACACCGGCUGUACAAUCAAUGUCAUUAAAGCAACACCACCACUUGGCAUAAGAGACACACUUUCACCAGAUGCACGGUACUUGUCCUUCUGUCCGUCAGACUGCGCAUCUCUGUAUAUGAAUGGUGUUCAUCGCUCUGGCGUGUACACCGUCGUCAUGUCGCCGGGCACCACACUUCCUGUGUACUGUGACAUGGAAACUGAAGGCGGCGGCUGGACAGUGUUUCAGCGGCGCCGGGAUGGCUCGGUGAGCUUUAACCGCGGAUGGUCAGAGUACCGGGAUGGAUUUGGAGAACCGCGAGGAGAACACUGGCUAGGAAACCAACACCUCCAUUUCCUGACCAACCAGGGUCACUACAGCCUCCGUAUUGAUCUACAGGACUGGAGCCACGUCCACAGACAUGCCCUGUACCAGUCCUUCAGGAUCGACAGUGAGGAGGAUCAGUACCGCCUGCACGUGUCUGGCUUUAGUGGGACGAUGGAGGACUCCUUCGGCUGGUAUCACGACCAACACAGUUUCAGCACCCCAGACACGGGAAACAUCUGUGCUGAGAUCAGCCACGCCGGCUGGUGGUUCCACCAGUGUUUCUACGCCAACCUGAAUGGAUUUUACUACAAGGGUGGCCACUACUCUCUGAAAGCUCACAACCUGUUGGGCCCAGACGGCAUCGUCUGGUUCUCCUGGAAGGAUUCUGACUUCUACUCUCUGAAGGCGGUUACCAUGAUGAUACGGCCGCGCAGCUUCAGACCACGCCUCUCACCAUAACGAUGGAGAAUCGUCAGUUAUCACCUCAAAUAUGCUUGUUUUUGCCAAAAGUCCUCAACACGUUGAAACUAUCACCCAUGGCACUACAGCCACUUGUUUUAAGUUGAUAUUCUUUAUUGUGCAGGAUCCUGAAUCAUAGACCCUGUGGACUUUCUUCCAUCUCUACCAAAUACAGUUUUCUCCUUUAAACCAUCAGGAUGUGCAGACAGGAACUGUCUUUAGUGUUGUGGGUUCAUUGUGCUGCUAAAUAGUGCCACCACAGGCUUGAUUAUUUUACUUUUCUAAGUGACUUUUGUCUUUUUUACUUAAAUAAAACUCCAUAAAUCCCUUUUAAAAAAGCUGAAGUUGAAUUGUAAGGAGUGUAGAACCUCAGUAAAGUUUGGGAUGUUGGCUACUAGAAACCAAAGGAUACUAAUUUCAGAUCAAGUGCAAUGUUUGUAUUAAUACAGCAUCAUUUACCUCACUUACCAGUGUAAUGAAAUGCAAGGUUACAGGUCUCAUCUCUUAUCUUAAUGUACAUUUUUGUUACUGCAGACGUAUGUGACUUUAAACCACUAUUUUUUCUCCGUUCUAAAAUAAACUGGAUUAAUUUGC